UAUCAACUAGCUGUGAAAAGGCUGCAUAUCAGUGAACAGAAGCACCCACAACUGCUGAACGUCGGCCUGGAAAUUUGAUAAAUGUUUUUUGCUGUGUUCAAAAGUGGUUCUUUCCAGACACUUUCAAAAGGCUUUGAGAUGAUCGACGCCAUUGCCAAUACUAUUGCGCUGUCGGAACUUUGCAAGACCCUUAUGAUGUCGUAAUCGUGCCCGCUGAAAAGAUAACAAAACUACGGGAACACUGUGUGUCUGAGAUAUAAAAACACGUGAAGUGUCGCACGAGCUUUGCCAUCGAGGUCAAAACUUUCUCCUGACACCAUCACGAAUUGGAUGAUACGAGACAUAUCGUCAUUUAAGUGUGUGUCAAGCAGUGAGUGAUAGAUGUAGGGGUAGUUUGCUAGACUGAGAGCGUUUAACCCCUGACGGCGCGUAUCAUACGAGUCCUUUAUGUGCAGACCAGAGAAGAGUUCAAGCAUCGACUAAGAGAGAAAUUCACGUGGGAAAGGCUCGUACAACACGACUAUUCGGCGAGGAUCCAGCCUUGGUAACCACCCAAAGCUGGGCAACCUGCAAACUGAUUACGGCGCAGCCAUCCUCCGGGUAUUAAGGGGAAAACGAAAACAAAGAAGAUCCUUAAUUAAGGGCGCUAAAAACCAGUGGAAGCUGUUGGAAGUGAAAUUGGUCAAUUUGCGCGCUCGGGAGUGGAGAACACACUGAUUCUAGAUUAAUGUAAAACUCCCUGGCGCUUGGAAUCAUUAUGCAGAAAAACGGACACAGGAAAACCCCCCUGCACGAAGAUCUAAACAUCCGCUCAGUAUCACGCUAAUCUCAAGUCCUAGGAAAAGUUGGGUUUUGCUUUGUGGGUGCUGUGGGAACGUGAAGCUUCGAUAUUCUGUUACUGGAGAGUCGUGAAGUGAUUAAGGGAAAAUUACAAAGUGCGGUUUUACUGGGAGAAAUUAACUGCAAACGGGGAGCCAUUGGGAUUGGCAUUUCGUAAAGGAUUCAAGCUAUAUUCCGGUAAAACAGUAAACUUCAUACUUCAUACUUCUGUGAUACCACAAUGAAUAGUUCAUCGGGAAUGAACAUGAGGCGACUCUGUACAGAAUAUCUACUCUCCAAAAACGUGGAUAUGAACUUUGACUACGCUUCCGAGAUAGCCAUCAUCGCGAUUAACUCGGUGUUGACGCUCCCCACAAUCGCCUUAAACCUAUUUGUUAUCACGACGAUUAUAAAGACGCCCAGCUUACGGAAGCCUUCUAAUAUUCUUUUGUGCAUGUUAGCUUUCACUGAUUUGGGAGUCGGCGUUAUUAUCCAGCCUUUGUAUAUCGUGCGCAAGAUCGCGGUGUUGAUGGAGGAUUUGACGCUUUAUUGCAGGUUAUUGCAAUGUGGAGACAUCUUAGCCCACCUUAUUUGCGUCCCGUCUUUCUUUAUUGUCACCGCGACUAGUGUUGAUCGCUACCUCGCUAUUACGACCGGUGUCCGCUAUCGGCAGAUCGUGACCACCUUCAGGGUAAUUUGCGCUGGGAUCGGGUCGUUCAUGCUGGCUGUGCUUGUCACCAUGACCCGCAUACUCGCAAACAAAGAGAAAUUCAUGUCACUGGCAGCACUGGUGAUGUUUGCAUGCUUGUGUGUUAUAAUCUACUCCUAUACAAAGUCAGUAACAGCGCUGAAAAAUUUGCAGAAUAAAGUAGCAAUUGGUUCGCCUGACUCGUCGGGCCGUAAGCAGGCGAGGUGCGUGAUUGACGUCGAUAAAUACAAGCACGCUUUAGGAACCCUGGUUAUGGUAACCACAGUGUUGUUCUUUUGCUACAUCCCAUUCGUGUCUGUUGUCAUCGGGAUCGCUAUCAACGGGCGAAGCAGGAGUAUGAAUACUGCUAGAGAAGCUACCUUUAGUUUGCUGUACCUCAACUCGUGCCUCACGCCAAUGGUGUACAGUUGUCGAAGCAAGGAACUCAGGGAAGCAGGGUUGCGACUGUUAAGACUUAAGCGAAGAGGGUCUGACCCUACAGUGAGCACAACUCAUUUCGACCAAACAGCCAUUGAAAUGUAGAGGCGAAGAGCGCGCAUUCCGAAGUAUUGCUCUAGAAGUGAAAAUGCGCAAUUUGAGUGUAUAACUUAUCCUUUCUCAAUCUUCUGACAACGAGGUCUUGUCCUUAAUAAGCCACAAGGAAGUGCGCUAACAUGCUCAAAAAGAAAUCAUGUAGUUAGUCAAAUUAUCAUGACUUUAUAAGGGAUUAUAGGGUCUCGCUCAGCGUCCGCCAUUCAGAAUCCGUCAUGGUAAUCAUAAUAUAGAAUUGAAGGGAGAAUAGAAGCACGAACAUGAUCGUUAUGAAGGCAUCAAAUCAAAAGGUAGCGCAGUUUGACAAAACAACCAGCUAACAGCUAACUCACUAAAGUAUUGUCGCCAUUAUGAAUCAUAUGCUUAGUGUUAUUUGUAUUAUGAGGUAGUGUUCUGUAACACUAUGGUUAAUGCUCCGCUGAAGUACUUAAAAUGCACUUUGGCCAACGUUUCUAGAUUCUUACGCGGACCUUUGCUGAAACUAGAAAACUAGAGUGGCUAAGAAACUCGGAUAACUACACAUGAACAUAUGAAUCUCAAACCUAAUAUAAUGACGAGGGUUGCUUGUUAUAAUAUGAGAUUCAACUGUAGCUUAUAUUUAAUGUAUUCAACAAAGACCGGUUGUGCAAAUAAUGUGAAAUCGUAUACAUUCUCGUAAACAAUGUACUUACAUCAUAAUCCAUGUUGGUGACACUGACAAAAAGUGAAUGGACGAAUAAAUGAAUGAAUAAAAUAAAUAAAUGGGGACAGAUCUUGUAAAA